AUGCACCGCCCAAAAGAAGAAGGCGGAAUUGGCCUACUCAACAUCAAAUUAAGAAAUGAAGCAAUAGAAGUAACAUGGGUAAAAUUGUACCUAGAUCUUUCCCCAUCCAGACCAGCAUGGGCCUCAAUAAUGGACCUAAUACUGAACAAAAUAAGACUGAAAUACAACAAUAAUGAAAACACUAACCCAUUCCUCACAUCAUGG